AUGAAGCGACCCUGCGAGGACAGCAGCUCCGACAGCGACCUGGACGAGACCAUCGACCCGGGCAGCGAGAGUCACUACCCCGGGCAGAGCAGCAGUUCGUUCUUGCGCUGUGCGUCUCCCACCACCACGUCUCAGACCAUGGCUCGAAAGAAACGACGAGGGAUUAUCGAGAAGAGGCGGAGAGACCGAAUAAACAACAGUUUAUCAGAGCUGCGGCGCCUGGUACCAACGGCUUUUGAGAAACAAGGAUCUGCCAAACUGGAGAAAGCUGAAAUUCUGCAGAUGACAGUAGAUCAUUUAAAAAUGCUACAGGCUACAGGAGGGAAAGGUUACUUUGACUUCCACUCUCUCGCCAUGGACUUCAUGAGCAUCGGCUUCCGCGAGUGUCUCACCGAGGCGGCUCGUUACCUGAGCUCGGUGGAGGGUCUGGAUUCCAGCGACCCGUUACGCGUCCGUCUCGUCUCUCACCUCAGCAGCUGUGCGUCUCAGCUAGUCGCCUCGACUGUCGCGCACCACCCGCAGGCCCUGCACCCGCUUCACCCUCUGCACCCCCUGCCCGCCGCUUUCCUGACGCACGGCGCACCUUCACCCUCGUCCUCGUCGUCGCCGUCGGACCCGCAGCGCUCCUCCUUCUCGCACGCGGGCAGCAUGGCGCCGCCGAUCUCCACCUCCUUCCUCUCGCUUUCGGCCACGUUCCCUCUGUCGUUUCCGGCCGGAUUCCCGCUGUUCGCACCGGGCAUGACGACGUCAGCGACCGUCAGCCCCUCGAUAUCCGGCUCGUCUUCCACCCAGCAGAGCAGCUCCGGCUCGGGCGGCACCAAACCGUACCGGCCGUGGGGGACUGAAGUGGGAGCCUUCUGA